AUGGAUAGUCUCUACGGCCGUCGUACCAACUCCAACAAGCUCUCUCUCUCCACAAACACGAGCCCUUCCAUCGGCAGCUUUGGCGACGCGCCUGCUGCCUCUCCUUCGACCACACGCAACACGACCCUCCCUCGACGAUUCGGCGGUGACAGCUCGUCGCAUGGAGGCAAGGCCAAUCCUUUUAAUACGGCCACCACGCCGGGUGGCAGCCGCAUCAUGAGCCCCGGCGGUCCUGCAUCCAGUGCCUUUGGCCUGGGAUCGGGCGCAUUCUCCAGUUUCGGCUCCUCGGCCAAGACGCCCAAAUCACCAGGGAACCCCUUUGAUGUGGGCUUCAAAUCCGCAACGUCCGGCACGUCUGCACCGGCCGCAGCAGGCGAGAAAUCGUCUGCUGCCACGCCGCGGCCGGCGGCUGUUGGCGGCGCAGCUGCACCAGGAGCGGCGGGAACUGCGGCAGCGGACGCGGCGCCACCAGCGGACAAGAACCAGCGGUACUUGCUACGCAACGAAUGGGUGUUUUGGUUCCGGCCGCCGAUUAGCAAAGCCAAUGGCUACAUUGAGUACGAGAAGACUCUCCACCCGGUGGCCACCGUCAGCUCGGUGGAAGACUUUUUUGCUGUGUACACGCACCUGAAGCGUCCGUCCACACUGCCGUUGGUGGCGGACUACCACUUCUUCCGCAACGGCAUCAGGCCGAUUUGGGAAGACGCCGAGAACCGCAAGGGCGGCAAGUGGAUUGUGCGGCUGAAGAAGGGCGUGGCGGAUCGAUACUGGGAGGAUCUUUUGUUUGCCAUUAUCGGCGACCAGUUUGGAGAUGCGUCGGACGAGGUGUGCGGUGCCGUUCUCAGUGUGCGCAACGGCGAGGACAUUCUAAGUGUCUGGACGCGCACCGACGGCAGCCGCGUGUUGAAGAUUCGUGAAACCAUGCGGAGAGCCCUCGGAUUCCCGCUGGAGACGAAGAUGGACUGGAAGAGCCACGAUUCAUCAAUCCAGCAACGGUCGGCCAUUGAAGAAUCACGACGCGACAAGUCGAACCAACACCACAACAGCGGCGGCACCAACAACCAGCAUCACAACAACCACCACAACAACCAGCAUCAUAACAACCAUCACAACCAUAACCACAACAACUACAACCAGCAUCAGCACCAACAUCAAAACCACCAGUCUGACCGGCGCUCAGGGAAGCUUCCGUACUCUGCGCGGGCUUCAGCGACAACAUCUGGUGGCGGCGGUGACGACCAGCAAUUACACGCGCACGGCACGCCGUAG